AUGAAGAAACCAUCAAAACUGAGAAGCAUUUUAUUUAAGUUUCUAGUAGUACCGCAUGCAGCAUCUGCUAUAAAUUUCCAGUUCCAGACCCCAUCUCUUAGCCCUGCAAAAAUAUCUGCUGGUGCAGGCAGAUCAGGAUCCUCCGGUAGUACUAGUCCUUUCGUUUCCAUAAUCCCUCCAGAGGUUAGAAGAAAGAAGAAGAAUGGAAGCUUUGACGCACGAGAGCCCACCUCCCCAAAAGUCUCGUGCAUGGGCCAUGUCAAGAAGACGACGUCCAGCAAUCCUAAGCGCCGGGUUUCAUCACUUCCGCCACAACCACAAGCAUUAACCAUGCGCAACGUUUCUUGUACUCCGAACAAAGAGGGUAAGAUAAAAAAGAUGAUCAAGCAGCAAGAAGUUGUUAAGAUUGAUUGUUUCGUGGGACGAAAGCGAGGUGGGAAGCCCGAUGGCACCAGCUGCCCCGAAAAGCCAAGGGUUCCAGAACAGGUAGUACAGGCGCCACGGCCUUCUUUGGGUCAGAUAAAGCGGUUUUCAAGCGCUCGCCGUGCCCUUUCCAGCUUUGAUUGGAGAAAUAUUCAGGGUGCAGCGGUGGUUCCAGCCGAUUGCAAAGAAGAUCAAAGGAGACGAAGAGUCUGCCAAGAAAUUGUAGGAAAAUAA